ACGACUGAUAUGAUAAUUCUCUAUUAAGCAACCGUUAGAUGGAGACUAUGAAAAAAAGAUUGAUUUAGUGGUCUGCUAUUGUAUUAUUAGGAUUGCUAUUAAGAUAUUAUUUAGGUAAAUAUCCAUUCGAAGACGGUCUCUUCCAUCAGGUGUAUCGUCAGCUUGUUUACUAUUUCAAGCAUUAAUAUUUUUUUUAUUUAAAUAUGUUUGGCGCUUUAAGUAGAUACUUACAUAAUAGUAUUAUCAGGAAAUAUGAAACUACGACAAACACAUGGCUUCAAAUGGGUAUUUUGUCAGUAGAAUAUAUACAGUAUUCAGUUGCAAUCAUGAAACUGGUUAUAAUUUUGUGCGUUAUUAUUGUUCUUGUCAAAUAUAACGAAACAAAAAAAGAAAAUAAAAGGAAAUGUGAAGGCAUUCAUGUUAAUGGCAAAAAUCAUAAAAGGGUAGUAUUGAGUAAUGGAAUCAAUCGUCCUUAUCAACUAUCCAUUUCAAAGCCGAAUCAUACGAUUUAUUUUAGUUACAAUACUGGAUUUGAUAAUACUAGUACGUUCGAAAUUGGUUAUAUUACAAAGAAACAGAAAGUAGUCAGAAAAAUUUCGGCUGUUAAAAAUGGUUUUGCCACUGCUAUUAAUGAGAAGGACAAUAUAGUGUACUUUGGAGGCAGUGAUGGAAUUUAUAUGGAUGAUAUUUCCAAAUCAGGUAAUAUACAGCAUUUAAUUAAAGGUCACAACAUUUGGGACCUAUUUUAUAAAGACGGAUUAUAUUUUAUUAGUUACCCUACUUUAAAGUUGUAUAAAUAUAUGGGUGGUAAUAAGUCCGAGAUACAAAAGAAUAUUCACGAGAAAAUAUACCAGUUUGCAAUAGAUGGAGACGAAGAUACAUUUAUAACCAAUAAGACGGGACUGUAUAUAAUAAAAAAUGGAACGAACGAGCGCAUACUCUAUGAAGGAGCUAAAGUGUUCCGAGCUAUCGAGAUCAACAACAAGGGAGUAGCACAUUUCUGCGGGCAGAACGAAAUAUAUGUAGCAAACAAACAUAAACAUACGCUACACAAAAUUGCUGAUAUAAAAGAUAUAUUUGGUUUGGUAUUUGAUCAUGAGGAUAAUAUAAUUUAUUCAAAUCCCCAUGAAAUUGUAAAAUUACUGCCAGAAGAAUGCAAAUAAAUUAAUUAAUGUUACCACUACUUUUAUAUUGCAUACAUGCGUUACUACAUACUCGUACUAGUUUAAUCUAAAACUUUUGUCAUUAUAUUGUAUUGCAGAUUUUAUUUUCCUCAAAUCUCUUUAAUUGUUAAGAGCUAUUUUAGCCGCAAAUUAAUGCAUGAAAUAUUUGUUUCUAUAAAUUUAAUUACAUUGUGUAUAAUAUAUUCGGAAUUACAUUGUGUAUAAAUUUUGAAAUUAUCAUCUUGCUAAAAUCUGUUAUAAUGGUUUUUGUAUUACAAUUAGUCAUUUGUACAAAAUAAAUAUAAGCAAUUUAAA